AUGGGCGAGGCGAGCACGUUCCCGCGCCCGCCAGCCCCCGAGCUAGCGGCGGCAUGGCACAUCCUGUUCGCCGACCCGCUCCUCUCGCUGUCCAACCUCAAGGCCGCGGCGGUCGCAGGCGGGCUCGGCCCGGCGGGGGACGACGGCGGCGUGCCCCUGCGGUCCGUGUACUGGCGCUUCUAUCUCGGCCUGCUCCCGCCGCCGGCGUCGCUCGACCUCUUCCCGCCCGCGCUCGCGACCCAGCGGCGCGGAUACGACGAGCUGCGAGCGCGCUUCCUCGUCGCGCCGGACGGGCGGUGGGCAGCCGACUGUUCCAGCGGCGAGGGGUACGCUGCGAGCACUAGCACGGGAACGAGCACCAGCGCAGAGUCGUGGUCCGACCCGCUGAGCCUCGAGAGCUCGAACCCGUGGAAGACGUGGUUCGCGCACCUCGACCUCCGGGCCACGAUCCGCCAAGACGUCGACCGCACGUUUCCCGACAUUCCGUACUUUGCCUCUGAGCGCGUGCGGCGCAGCCUCACGACGAUGCUGUUCCUCUUCAGCGUGCUGAACCCUGACGUGGGGUACCGGCAGGGCAUGCACGAGCUCCUCGCGGUGUGUAUGGUUGUCGCGGACCGCGACUCGAUUGAGCGCGCCGCGCUCCCAGAACAGGGGGGCAUGCCGGACGCGAUGUACGCCGCGCUCGGGGCAACGCUCGACAGGGCGUACGUGGAGCACGACGCGUUCCAUCUCUUCCAGGAGCUCAUGAAGCCGGCGAAGAGUUUCUACGAGUGGAGAGUAGAGGAGGGGCCUCCCCGCCUUCCCAACGGCCCCCAAGCCCUCAUCAUCGUGCGGUGCAACCACAUUCACUCGCAGCUCAUCCGCCGCAUCGACCCGCAGCUCUGGGAGCGGCUGGACACCGAGGGCAUCGAGGCGCAGAUCUGGCUCAUUCGUUGGAUCCGGCUCAUCCUCACGCGCGAGCUGCCGUUUGGGCAGGCGCUGCGCCUCUGGGACGGCAUGUUCGCCGAGGACCCGGGACUGGGCAUCCUCGACUUUGUCUGCGUCGCCAUGCUGCUGCUCAUCCGGAAUGAGCUCAUGGACGCCGAUUACCCGACAAUCCUCACACACCUGCUCCACUACCCGUCCCCAUCGCCCACUUACCCAUUCAACCCGGCGCUCAUUCUCACCCAGGCCAAGUUUCUACGAAACAACAUCUCCCCUGCUGGUGGGGUCGAGGUGGUGCUACAGAACCAGGAGCAUCUCGGUGUCAAGGCCAGCGGACCGGAGUCAAGAAACAGCUUCGACGACGACGGCAUGGCCAGCUCGUACCGUGUUAGUGGUACCCCGCCGUCGCGGUCCUCAUCCUUACGACCGGGCAAGCCCAAGGGCCUUGCAGCGGGUUUGUUUGAGCGUGCACAGAAGGCAGGCUUGGACAAGGCGUUUGCGGACUUAAGAAGCAGCCUGCCAGACUCAGCCACAGCCUACUCCUUCCUUCCCAGCUUUGCGCCACAGGCGCCGAGCCGAGAGUCGUCGCCCAUCUCGACUAUCCCGUCUACAACAGCGGCGCUGCCGCCCAGACCGGCUCUCCAGCCUACACCGUCAGUUGAUAGCCUCGCGUCGACGAAAUCACUGCUCGACGCCGAGCGCCAGAUGGCCGAGCUCCGCCUCGCCAUGGUGACAAUGGGCAAAGCCAUGGGCGAGUGGCUCGACGUGAUCCGCGAGGGCGCGGGAUCCACCCCGGCCGAGACCGCCGAGGCCUGGCGCGGUCUGGAUAGAGUCCGCGAUGGCUUGCUCGACGCUGCCGGCAACGACGUCGAGGACCUCGUCCAGGCCUGGGCGUGGAACGACGGCUUGGACAGCUCGCGCAGUCGCGGCGCGACGCCAGUCACCCCCUCCAUGAUGGAGCCUCCGCACACGCCAGUCACUCCCACGCGCUCGGGCGCGGCUUCACCCCCUAGAAACACUGUACAGAUCACGCCCAAAGCGCCAGCUCGGGCACCACCGCCGGCACCAGUCUCGACCUCAGGGCCCUCGGCAACUAACCCCACGCUCGCGUCGCCCGUGCCCACGACCGCGCGCCCCGCAAUCUUCCUAUCUCACCGAGAUGACAGACCGUCACCAACGCUCCCCCGGAUGCCGAUAUCCCGUCAGCCAGCAUCAUCGGCGCCAGCAUCGGCGCCACCACCACCACCAGGCGGGCCUCAGUCACCACGCUCGCCCCGCUCGCCCCCGCCACCCCUUGUCAUCCUCCCCAAGCCGCGCGUCUCGUCCAUCGGCGUAGUCAGCGACACGUCGGCGCCCAUGGACCCGCUGGCAGGUAUUGGCGUCGGCGUGAUUCCUCGAGACGAGCGUAGAAGGUCUCUCCGCCCUGGGGCUGGCGCUGGAGGGCCGACGGGCACGGCCUCGGCGCCGAGCUCGGGCAGUGGAGGCCGUGUCAGCGUGGACCCGCUCGGUGUAGGCGGGGGGUAGCUAGGGUUAGUGUUAGGGAAGCAAGGGCCGUG